AUGGAAGCAAGAAACAAUGUAACUUACUUUGUCCUCUUGGGUCUCACACAGGAUCCAAAGGAACAGAAGGUCCUUUUUGUUAUGUUCUUGCUUUUCUAUAUUUUCACCAUGGUGGGAAAUUUGCUCAUUGUCAUGACUGUAACUGUCAGUAAGACCCUGGGCUCGCCUAUGUACUUGUUUCUUGCUAACUUAUCAUUUAUGGAUGUCACUUAUUCGUCUUGCAUUUCCCCAAGAUUGAUUUCGGACUUGUUCUUUGGGGAAAACAUCAUAUCCUUCCAAUCUUGUAUGACCCAACUAUUUGUAGAGCACUUUUUUGGUGGAUCAGAGGUUUUUCUUCUGCUGGUGAUGGCCUAUGACCGCUAUGUGGCCAUUUGUAAGCCCUUGCAUUAUUUGGUUAUCAUGAGACAGUGGGUGUGUGUUGUGCUCCUGGUAGGGUCCUGGGUUGGGGGUUUUAUGCAUUCAGUAAUUCAAGUUAGCACUAUUUAUGGGAUCCCAUUCUGUGGCCCUAAUAUCAUUGAUCAUUUUUCCUGUGAUAUGUACCCCUUACUGAAACUGGUCUGUACUGACACCCAUGUCAUUGGCCUGUUAGUGGCGGCCAACGGAGGACUGAUUUGCACAAUUGUGUUUGUGCUCUUGCUCAUCUCUUAUGGUGUCAUCUUGCACUCUCUAAAGAACCUUAGUCCAGAAGGGAGGCAGAAAGCCCUCCAGACCUGUGGUGCCCACAUCACUGUGGUGGUCUUCUUCUUCGUCCCGUGUAUUUUCAUGUACAUGAGACCUGCCAAGACCUUCCCCGUUGACAAGUUAUUGAGUGUGUUUUAUACAGUCAUAACCCCCAUGCUGAACCCCCUGAUCUACACUCUGAGAAAUUCUGAGAUGACGAAUGCUAUGAAGAAACUCUGGAGGAGAAAUGUUAUAUCUUUCAGUAGAUAAGUGUAUGAUCCACGAUGAAGAAAAUAAUUUAACAUUUGUGCCCAUCUCCUCAAAUGUUAACGUCUGUUUUACUGUAAAUGCAC